CACCGGUACGCCACGAAAGCCUGUUCGACGUUGUAUUUGGCGGUGUGUUGUGCAAGCGCUACAGAGCAAUUAUGGCCCAAAAACUUCCCUACAAAAUUGCCAACAUCGGUUUGGCGGACUUCGGUCGCAAGGAGAUCGUGAUGGCGGAGCGGGAGAUGCCAGGGCUGAUGGCGCUGCGUGAGAAGUACAGCUCCGCUAAACCCCUGCGCGGCGCCCGCAUUGCUGGCUGCCUUCACAUGACCAUCCAGACCGCCGUACUCAUCGAGACUCUCGUCGAACUCGGGGCAGAAGUUCAGUGGUCGUCGUGUAAUAUUUUCAGCACUCAAGACCACGCUGCUGCUGCCAUUGCCAAGACAGGCGUGCCCGUUUAUGCCUGGAAAGGCGAGACUGACGAGGAAUACAUCUGGUGCAUCAAACAGACCAUCUUCUUCCCUGACGGCAAGCCGCUGAACCUUAUUCUUGACGACGGAGGCGACCUCACUAACUACGUGCACGACCAUCAUCCCGAACUCCUCGCGGGUAUUAAGGGCUUAAGUGAAGAGACCACCACAGGCGUACACAACCUCUACAAAAUGAAGAGAGAAGGCAAGCUCAAGAUACCCGCCAUCAAUGUCAACGAUUCCGUCACUAAAAGCAAGUUCGACAAUUUGUACGGAUGCCGCGAGUCUCUAACUGACGGCAUCAAGCGUGCCACGGACAUCAUGCUUGCCGGCAAAGUGUGCUGCGUCGCGGGAUACGGUGACGUAGGCAAGGGGUCUGCUCAGAGCCUUCGUGCAUUUGGGUCCCGAGUCAUCGUUACUGAGAUCGAUCCCAUCAACGCCCUGCAGGCUGCCAUGGAAGGCUAUCAGGUGACGACAGUGGAGGAGGCCAUCAAAGAAGGCGCAUCAGUGUUCGUCACGACGACAGGCUGCCGCGACAUCCUCACCGGCGAGCACAUGCAGCAGAUGCCUGACGAUGCCAUCAUCUGCAACAUUGGACACUUCGAUAUCGAAAUUGACGUCAAGUGGCUCGAACAGAAUUGCAAGGAGAAGGUUAACAUCAAGCCGCAGGUGGAUCGCUACACCCUGCAAAAUGGCAAGCAUAUUAUCCUGCUUGCCGAGGGUCGUCUGGUCAACUUGGGCUGUGCUAUGGGCCACCCCAGCUUCGUUAUGUCGAAUUCUUUCACUAAUCAAGUCAUGGCUCAGCUGGAGCUGUGGACGAAGCCAGGCCAGUACUCGGUCGAUGUCCAUUUCCUGCCGAAGAGACUGGAUGAGGAGGUCGCUCGUCUCCACCUGGCACACCUCGGCGUCAAGCUCACGGUCCUCACCCCGGCCCAGUCUGCGUACCUUGAUAUCCCCCAGGAAGGGCCUUACAAAGUUGAUCACUAUAGAUAUUAAAACGAGUAGCUGCCAUUUUUUUUUUACAAGUUUUUACUACUAAAAAUCCAUUUAUUUUAAUCUUUGGAUUGGCUUGUGUUUUCUAUCUCUCGUCAGCCCAAAUGACUUUCUCGAACCUCUUCAUGGCGUUAUUUUUUUUCGUGGUAUAAACUAAGUUUCUGUAUGAAUUUAUUUGAAGAAAAAAUGAACCAUUAUUAGUUCACGUAACUAUCAAAAAGAUUUCCGUAGCUUAGCUAGACCUGUACUGUGCCUCAUGAUUGAUUAAGUACCAUUAUUUUAGAUUCUAAUUAUCUAAUAAAUUGAAUAAAAUUAUUCUGAGAAGUCUGUUACAACUAGUCUUUGUUAUUUGACAUGUUACAUCUGGCUGGAUAAUAAAGUUAUCACUUGAUAA